GUGGUGUUAAUGAGGUGCUCUGUCAGGUGGACCAACAAGCCCUUGGUCACAGAUCCCUGGUCACUUAUCCUUAUUCUCUUUUCUGUACAACAUGUCUGUGAGAGUGGCAAGAAAUAUAUUGGUCCUUGUGGAGGAAGAGAUUGCUCUGUUUGCCAGUGCUUUCCUGAGAAGGGGUCUCGGGGCCAACCAGGACCAUUGGGACCACAGGGUCCAAUAGGGCCCCUGGGCCCCCAAGGACCCAUUGGGAUUCCAGGAGAGCAAGGACUGAGAGGUGACAGUGGCUCUCCUGGAGCAGCAGGAGAGAAAGGAGACAAGGGUCCAACUGGUAUUCCUGGAUUUCCAGGUUUGGAUGGUAUACCUGGUCACCCAGGGCCUCCCGGACCCAGAGGCAAGUCUGGUGUAAAUGGCUACAAUGGCUCAAGAGGUGAUCCCGGGUUUCCAGGGGAAGGAGGAGCACCUGGUCCAGGAGGCCUCCCAGGCCUUCCUGGGGAAUAUGGAGAAAAAGGAAACUCUGUGUUCAUUGUAGGUGGCAUUAAAGGUAUUCAGGGAGACAGAGGGGACCCAGGACUACCAGGCUUACCAGGAUCUAGGGGUGCACCAGGACCAGCAGGCCCCAUGGGAUAUCGUGGCCCACCAGGGUUAGCAGGACCUCCAGGCCAUUCUGGGAGUCCAGGGUUGAAGGGAAAUCCUGGUGUUGGAGUGAAAGGACAAAUGGGAGACCCAGGUGAGGUUGGCCAGCAAGGUUCUCCUGGGCCCACCCUGCUGCUAGAGCCACCUGACUCUUGCCUCUAUAAAGGAGAAAAGGGUGUAAAAGGAAUUCCUGGAAUGAUUGGACCACCGGGACCACCAGGAUUCAAGGGAGAGCCUGGUAUUGGGACAAAAGGAGAGAAAGGUCUUCUUGGAUUCCCAGGGCCUCGGGGUAACGCUGGUUCUUAUGGAUCUCCAGGUUUUCCAGGAUUAAAGGGAGAACAAGGACUGGUUGGAGAUCCUGGGUUAUUUGGAUUUCUUGGCCCAAAGGGGGAUCCUGGAGACCGUGGACUCCCAGGACCACCAGGCAUUUUGGUAAUUCCAUCUGUUCCACUCAAAGGUCCUCCAGGGGACCCAGGGUUGCCUGGCCACCAUGGUGAAAUGGGGGAUAUUGGACCACCAGGUCCCCCAGGCACCCCAGGCAUACCAGGGGAAGCUUGUCCAGGUAUGGUGGGACCCCCUGGGCCUUCAGGUUUGCAUGGUCCCCCAGGACUUCCAGGGGCAGCCGGUGUUCCUGGGAGACCUGAUUCUGCUCUUGGAAAACCAGGGAAUCCAGGACCACCUGGCCUGCCUGGAGCACCUGGGCUUCAGGGAGCCCCAGGCUCAGAUGUGAUACAUUGCAAUGUUGGGUGCCCUGGACCACAAGGAAUAAAGGGUAAAAUGGGUCCACCAGGAAGAAGGGGCUCAAAAGGAGAGAAAGGAAACCAAGGACUCUGUGCCUGCACACCUGGUCCCAUGGGCUCCCCUGGCCCUCCAGGACCUCCUGGGAGGCAGGGGAGUAAAGGAGACUUGGGAUACCCUGGCUGGCUUGGAGAAAAAGGUAACCCAGGCCCUCCUGGUGCUAAAGGAUCUCCAGGGCCACCUGGAAAACCUGGUGCCCUAGGACUCCCUGGCAACAAAGGAGCAAAGGGUGACAUGGUCAUUUCAAGAGUGAAAGGGGACAAAGGAAAAAGAGGACUUGAUGGACCACCAGGAUUUCCAGGGCAGCAUGGACAACAUGGUGGGAAUGGACAUGCUGGAGAAAAAGGGGAUCCAGGACCCCCAGGAGAUCAUGAAGAUGCAGUACCGGGUGAUAAAGGGUUUCCUGGACCACCAGGCCCUCCAGGGACACCAGGACCCAUGGGGCCUCCGGGACAGGGAUUUCCUGGUCCACCGGGAGAGAGAGGUCAAUCAGGAAUGCCCGGCUACCCAGGCAUGAGGGGCCUUGCUGGCUUGAAGGGGCAGAAAGGUGACACCAUUGCUUGUAAUAUAACCUACCAUGGGAAGCAAGGCCCUCCAGGUUCUGAUGGACCUCCAGGUCUGAAGGGAUUUCCUGGUCCUCCAGGUGCUCCUGGACUGAGAUGUACAGAUGGACAGAAAGGCCAACCAGGCAGACCAGGAAUAUCAGGAAUACCAGGUCCACCUGGUUUCCGUGGUGACAUGGGAGAUCCAGGUUUUGGAGGGGAAAAGGGGUCCUCCCCUGUUGGACCCCCAGGUCCUCCUGGAUCACCUGGAGUGGAGGGUCAGAAAGGAAUUCUGGGAGACCCUGCAUUUGGUCUCCCAGGUCCCCCUGGCAAUAGGGGUCUUUCAGGAGUACCAGGGAUGAAAGGAGCCAAAGGUGAUCCUGGAUGCCCAGGGGCUGAAGGAGCAGCUGGCUUUCCUGGAUUACCAGGUCUCAAAGGUCCCAAAGGCAGAGAGGGAAGUGCUGGGUUUCCAGGUAUCCCAGGUCCACCUGGCCAUUCCUGUGAAAGAGGUGCUCCAGGCAUCCCAGGCCAACCAGGAGUCCCUGGGACACCAGGUAGUCCAGGAGCCCCAGGUCAGAAAGGACAGCAGGGAGAAGUGGGGCCUUCUGGACCAGCUGGAAUGAAGGGCCUUCCAGGACCCACUGGACUGCCAGGGGCAGAUGGACUUCCAGGGCCUCCAGGAAUUGCAGGCCCCUUUGGGGAAGAGGGACUACCUGGUCUUCCAGGUCCAAAGGGACCCCAGGGCCUGCCUGGCUUCUCUGGUUUUCCUGGAGAGAGAGGAAUCCCAGGCAGAGAGGGACAGCCUGGCAGAAAGGGAGAAAUCGGAGAGAAGGGUUGGCCUGGCUCUCAGGGAGACCAGGGAGAAAAAGGUGCCAAAGGAGCAAGAGGACCUCCUGGAGAUGAAGGAGAAAUGGCCAUCAUUUCCAAGAAGGGGAAACCUGGGGAAUCUGGGCUUCCUGGAGAUGAUGGAUUUCCAGGGGAGAGAGGUGAUAAAGGAAGUCCUGGAAUACAAGGGAGAAAAGGAGAGCCAGGAAGAUAUGGACCACCUGGACUUCACAGAGGGGAGCCUGGUAGAAAUGGGCAGCGUGGGCCUCCUGGGCCCCCUGGCCCUCCGGGCUUACCUGGACUAAGAGGGAUCAUUGGUUUUCCAGGAUUUCCAGGUGACCAGGGUGAGCUGGGUUCUCCAGGCCCACCUGGAUUCUCAGGAGCUGAUGGAACAAGAGGACCUAAAGGAAUGAAAGGCGAGUCUGCUUAUCUGUGUGGUCCACCUGGUCCCAAGGGAGAGCCAGGUAGCCGUGGACAUCAAGGGCACUUUGGAGUCCCUGGAGAGCAAGGAUUGCCUGGAGUUCAAGGGCCAAGAGGACCCCCUGGAAGGCCAGGACUGCCUGGCUCCUUGGGACAGCGAGGGUGUCCAGGUGAUCAAGGGAAGACUGGGCUUCAAGGCCAUUCAGGAGAAAUGGGAGACCUUGGGCCAAGAGGCCUCCCAGGGGAUCAAGGGAUACCAGGUCCUCCAGGCUUGUCUGGCCUUUGGUGUGUUUCAGGUCCCUCUGGGUCUCCUGGCCUGAACGGCUUGCAUGGUUUGAAGGGUGAGAAAGGAGCCAAAGGUGCUUCAGGUUUGCAUGAAAUGGGCCUACCAGGUCCAAUGGGAAUGCUUGGGCUUAAAGGGGAGAAAGGAGACCCUGGGAGUCCAGGAAUUUCUCCUCCAGGUCUUUUUGGAGAAAAAGGUCUCCCUGGUCCCCCAGGGAGACCAGGACCACCUGGUCCUGCAGGCAGUCCAGGAAGAGCUCCUAAGGGUGACAUUCCUGCCCAGGGUCCACCUGGAGAUCAGGGACUUCCUGGUCCUGAUGGCUCAAGAGGAGCACCUGGGCCUCCAGGCCCUCCUGGGCGCAUUGAUCUUCUGAAAGGGGAGCCAGGUGACUGUGGUCUGCCAGGGCCACCAGGUCCCCCAGGCCCACCAGGCCCUCCGGGGUGCCAGGGUAUUCCAGGAUGUGAUGGAAAAAAUGGCCAAAAAGGACCAAUGGGAUUUCUGGGGCCUCCAGGGCCACCUGGCCUUCCUGGGCCACCUGGAGAGAAAGGUUUACCUGGACCUUCAGGCAGAAAAGGACCUAUGGGUCCUCCAGGCUCCAGAGGUCAUCCUGGGCCACCUGCAGAUGUGGAUGGCUGUCCCCGAAUCCCAGGGCUUCCUGGGGUACCAGGCUCAAGAGGACCAGAAGGACCCAUGGGGCUCCCUGGACAGAGAGGCCCCCCAGGACCAGGGUGCAAAGGGAAGCCUGGGCUGGAUGGCAGGAGGGGUGAGGAUGGUGUCCCUGGGUCUCCUGGACCUCCUGGAUGUGAAGGUGAUACUGGAGAGGCUGGCUAUCCUGGAGCACCAGGCCCUCCUGGUCCCACUGGUGAUCCUGGACCCAAAGGGAUUGGCCCUGGAUACUUCAGUGGCUUCCUCCUGGUUCUCCAUAGUCAAACAGAUCAAGAACCUGUCUGCCCUGUGGGCAUGCCCCAUCUCUGGACUGGGUACAGUCUAUUAUACAUGGAAGGACAGGAGAAAGCACACAAUCAAGACCUUGGUCUGGCUGGUUCUUGCCUUCCUAUGUUUAGCACACUGCCCUUUGCCUAUUGCAACAUCCACCAAGUGUGCCACUAUGCCCAGAGAAAUGACAGGUCCUACUGGCUGGCCAGUGCUGCACCCCUCCCCAUGAUGCCACUGUCAGAGGAAGAGAUCCGCCCCUACAUCAGCCGCUGUGCUGUGUGUGAGGCUCCAGCACAGGCAGUGGCAGUGCACAGCCAGGACCAGUCCAUCCCCCCAUGUCCACAAGCCUGGAGGAGCCUCUGGAUUGGGUACUCAUUCCUGAUGCACACAGGAGCUGGGGACCAAGGAGGAGGGCAGGCCCUCAUGUCACCUGGCAGCUGCCUGGAGGAUUUCAGAGCGGCACCAUUCCUUGAAUGCCAAGGCCGGCAGGGAACUUGCCACUUUUUUGCAAAUGAGUAUAGCUUUUGGCUGACAACGGUGAACCCAGAUUUGCAGUUUUCCUCUGACCCAUUAUCAGACACCUUAAAAGAAGGCCAGGCCCAGCGCCAGAAAAUCAGCAGGUGCCAGGUCUGCAUGAAGUAUACCUAGAAAAUGCAAAAUUUGCCACAUGUGCCAAGAGGAACUUCCUGGGGAGCUAACACUUCCUAAGCUGUGCUAAGAGACUCCAUGGUGCUUGUUCCAAACCCCAUGUUCAGCUGUUCCUUGUCUCAGUGUGGUUAUUCUCACAGCCCGCCAGCUCCUAAACCUCUGUUCUCUGUAGAUUAAGCAAAUACUACAUGUGUGGAUCUGUUUGGACCCACCAACCUAGAUGAAACCAACACAUCUUAUUUUAUGGAGGAUGAUGGAAGAAUAGGCUUUAUUUGAAAGUAUGCUCACUCUCAGGAAGGCAAGGAGAUGAAGAAGGCUAGGCGAUGCAUGACUAAAAACGUCAUCCACUGGUUAAUACCAUCUCAAACAGUUGAAUUCAAUUACUCUACAACACAGCGGGCUUCUGGAUAGAUUUUACAGGAAAAAAAUAAAUAGGCCAACAAGUGAAACUAGAAAGUAAGAGAUUUUCAACUUUCAAAAUGAUUUCCUCUGUAAUCUAUUUUUCCCAUGCACUUU